AUGGGUUUGAAGUUCGAGGAAGAGAAGGAGAGCUCCAAGUGCAGCAACGGCAACAGCAGCAGCAGCAGCAGCAGCAGCAGCAGCAGCCCCGAAGCCGCAGGUUUGAGCAGUCCGAAGCAGGCAGCAGCAGCAGCAGCAGCAGCAGCGACUCCAGCUGCUGCAGCAGUCGGCAGCAGCCGUAGAAAGAGCCUGCGCUGCGUGCGGCCGACCGCCGCUUCAGCAGCAGCAGCAGCAUCUGCUGCUGCACCUGCAGCAGCAGCUGCUGCAGCACCUGCUGUUGCACAUACACCUCAGAAGGGAAGAGUCAGGAAGCAAAGCAGCAGCUGCAGCAGCGCCACAAGCAGCACCAGCAGCAUAGAAGCUUGCAGCAGCAGCUGCAGCAAACGCCGGAGAUGCACGCGCAACCGCAGCAGCAGCAGCAGCAGCAGCAGCGCAGCUGCAACCCGCAGCCAGCGGAGCCGGCGCGCAGCAGCAGCAGCAGCAGCAGCAGCAGGUACAGCAGCAGACAUAGCAGCAGCAGGCACAGCAACAGCAGCAGCAGCGGACCCGGCCAGCGAAAACCAGCAAACUGACAGGCCGAGAAGUGAUGCAGACAGCAGCAGCAGCAGCUGCUGCAGAAGCAGCAGCAGCAGCAGAAGUAGCGGCAGCAGCUGCUGCGGCAGGGAGGGCGCUUCCAGCAGCAGCAGCAGCAGCAGCAGCGAUGCUGCUGGCCCCUGUACAGAGGCUCGCAGCGGAGCCCCUCUUGGCGUAGAGAGCAGCAGCAGCAGCAGCAGCAGCAGCAAGGAGAGUGAAAGCAGCAGCAGCAGCAGCAGCAAGGAGAAUGGCGUCAGCAGCAGCAGCAGCAGCAAGGAGACUGGCAGCAGCAGCAAGGAGAAUGACAGCAACGAAAACAAGGAGAACGACAGCAGCAACGGCAAGGAGAAUCCCAGCAGCAGCAGCAGCAGCAAGGAGAAUGGCAGCAGCAGCAGCAAGAACAGCAGCAGCAGCAGCAGCAGCAGCAGCAGCAGCAGCAGCACAGGGUGCGCGUCAUCCCUUUCUUGCGAUUUGUCUCCUUCUUGCUUCGCCCCUUUUGACUUCUCUCCGCCGUUGCUGCUGAAGCAGCAGCAGCGCUGCUGCCGCCGCAGCAGCAGCCAGCAGCAGAGCAGCAGCAGCUGCUGCUGCGGCCAGCAGCAGAGCAGCAGCAGCUGCUGCUGCGGCCAGCAGCAGCAGCAGCAGCAGCAGCAGGGGUGGUCGCCGUGGCCGUCGCCGCUGUUCCAGCGGCCGCGCCCCAGCUUCAACUGCAGCCGCCGCAGCAGCAGCAGCAGCAGCAGCAGCUUAUUUGCUGCUGGCUUUUCUUUUGCUGCUGCUCAAAUGCCUCCAACAGAUUUAUAUUUGUCUUCUCCCGGAGUUGCUUCUGUGGACCGCAGCAGCAGCCAGCUCUCCUGCUGCAGCAGCUUGUCGCUGGCCAUAGCGCGCCCCGUGCAGCAGCAGCAGCAGCAGCAGCAGCAGCAGCAGCAGCAGCAGCAGCAGCAGCAGCGGCAGCAGCAGCAGCGCGCCAGCGAGGCGCCCGCCCACUGCUGCUGCAGCGACUGGGAGGCCUCCGGCAACAGCCACAGACACAGGAGGCACUGCAGCAGCGGCAACCAGCAGCAGCAGCAGCAGCAGCAGCAGCAGCAGCAGCAGCAGCACUUCCCGCAGUCCUCGCCCAUUGUACGGAGGGCCAGGCGCCUCUCAGAUGAUAGCUGCUACAGCAGCAGCAGCAGCAGCAGCAGCAGCAGCAGUUGCUGCUGCAGACCCCCUGGAGUACCGGGGUGCCUGCUGCUCCCGACAGGAAUGCAGCAGCAGCAGCAGCAGCAGCAGCAGCAGCAGCACGGCAGCGUAGACAGCGCAAGCAAGCGGAGGAGACAACUGGGCAGCGGCGUGUACAGCAGCAGCAGCAGCAGCAGCAGCAGCAGCAGCAGCUUCUGCUGCUGCAGCAGACAGCUCAGUAGGGAGACAAUCCUCGGGGGCCCAAGAGCAGCAACUGCUCAGGACGGCCUCGGGUUUAGGGUUUAG